AUGAGCUUGACGGUCAUAAAUCUUGAUCAUUCUAAUGUAGAAGAGAUACUUGAUAUAUCCGGAGUCCCAAAUUUAGUAAACCUAUCAUUGAAUAUGUGCUUGAAUUUAAUUAAAAUUGACGAAUCAAUUGUAUUCUUAGACAGACUUAGCGUAUUGAGUGCUCAAGGUUGCAGGAGGCUUAAGAGAUUUCCAUCUAUCAAGUUGACCAAUCUUGUACAUCUCUGCCUUUCAAGAUGCUCUAGUCUUGAACAUUUUCCAAAAAUGUUGGGAAAAUUAAAUGAUAUACUAACAAUUUAUUCGGAUGGUACUCAGAUAAAAGAAUUGCCAUCUGCUAUUAAAAGGUUUUGUUUGAUUAGCCAUUCAAGUAUGAUAAAACAUGGAGCAAGUUUCCCACCAGCACUAAGUCCCCCAAUUGCCAUGUCUCCAGAUGAAGAGAAAGUGACUUCUGAGAGGUCUGAAGUAGAUGUUGAAGAAGAACAAGGGAGUCCAAUGGCACCUUUGGAGGCAAAACAUUCUGCCUGCAAACUACCAGAUUUGCUCCAUGAAUCUUUUACAACUUAUCUUACCUGGUUUCGCAAUGUGGAAGAUUUAGACCUGUCAGAGCAUAAUUUCACAGUUCUUGAUGAAAGCCUCAAAGAACUUUGCUCCUUGAGGUCACUUAGUUUGAAUGGCUGCAGAGAACUUCGAGAAAUUAAAGGGAUUCCACCAAACAUAAAGUAUUUCUCUGCAAGAAACUGCAUAUCCUUGACUUACGCCAGCAAAUACAUGUUACUUAACAAGGAAUUGCAUGAGGAUGGAGCCAAGGAUUUUGUUCUUCCAAGUAGUAGCAUCCCAAAUUGGGUGGAGCAUAGUAGCAACAAUGAUUCAAUUUCUUUCUGGGUUCGCAACAAGCUUCCUGAAAUCUCUUUAUGUGUUCUUGUUGGACCUGCUGUUGAUUUUUUGCGUACACACAUUUGUCCGGAGUUUAUCAUCAACAGCAGCAGAGGUCAAGCGGAACAUCUUGAAUCAGUGGAGACAUCCAAUCAAUUAGUGGAUCAUAUAUUUAUUACUGAUCCAAAAUUGAUGAAGUCCAAAGUGAAUGAAGUGAUUUAG